UAUCCACGUCAAGGGCUCCAUUCAUUAUUACCUCUUCAAUGUUAUGAUGGCUCCACCUUCACCAUGAAUAGCCAUGUCACGGGCACUGCCAGUUCAUCCCCUCAACGGAAUACCCGCGACCUAUCGCCUCACCAUCGCGAUGCGCCUUCUCCGACGACCGCCUCGUCCCUUCCGUCUGAUGCCACGACCACACGAGUUCAAGCCGCCGUGGCUACAGAUGCCUCAUCAGAUCGACCCGUCGUCUCCCGGACCCCUUCCGACGAACACGAUACUUUGAAAUACCACCUCCUAGGCCCCAGUCUAACAAAGGCCGGCCAGGACGCUGUCGACCAGCAGAAAGUCGCCGAGAUAAUAUACAAUUCGUCCAAGGGCAGCAAGUUCUUCAACAAUGAGGAGGUUAGGGAUAAAACCCUUACCGAGAAAAUCAACCGGAUUCUGGCCAAGAAACACCAGCUGGAGAAGCUGGAUUUGAGUUCGCAUUUGAGGAGAGCGGACGACUAUGUCGCAGAACUAGAAAUGUCGCGAGAUCUGUCACAGGUCGUAGUUCACAUCGAUUGUGACGCCUUUUAUGCUGCAGUCGAGGAGCUCGAUCGACCUGAACUCAAGGACGUACCCAUGGCAGUUGGCAAAGGUGUACUCACCACUUGUAACUACCACGCUCGGAAAUUUGGUUGUCGUUCUGGCAUGGCCGGAUUCGUGGCCAUGAAGUUGUGCCCUCAGCUCAUUUGUGUGCCCAUGAAUUUUGCCAAGUACUCUGCCAAAGCGGAAGAAAUACGCACUGUGCUGGCAGAAUACGAUCCUCGUUUUGAAUCCGCAUCUUGCGAUGAGGCGUAUCUAAACCUGACCCAAUACUGCGACGAUCACAGUAUGAGCCCCGAAGAAGCGGUUCAACAGCUUCGCGACGAAGUGAACGAGAAGACCAAGAUCACCGUAUCAGCCGGCAUCGCGGCCAACGCAAAGCUCGCUAAGAUUUGCAGUAACAAGAAUAAACCUAACGGUCAAUUUUCGCUGCCACGGGAUAGACAAACAAUCAUGGAAUUCAUGAAGUCGCUACCGACUAGGAAAGUAAAUGGCAUAGGGCGAGUGUUUGAACGCGAACUGGAUGCGAUAGGAGUAAAAACUUGCGGAGAUAUUUACGAGUAUCGUGCAUAUCUAGCUCAGCUCUUUGGACAAAAAGCUUUCCAGUUCUUGAUGCAAUGUUAUCUAGGACUCGGUCGAACUUCGAUUCAGCCAGCAGAGGAAUAUGAGCGCAAGAGUGUGGGUACGGAAACCACAUUCAAAGAAUUGAGCUCGCCUGAGUCUUUACGUGCUAAACUGCGAGGCGUCGCAGAAGAACUAGAAGGUGACUUGAAGCGGACCGAGUUCAAGGGUCGCACAUUGUGCAUCAAAAUCAAACUCCACACAUAUGAGGUCUACACGCGGCAGACGACACCGCCUUUCGCUGUUCAUAAAGCAGACGAUCUUUACAAAUACAGUCUACCUAUGCUAGACAGGCUGAUGAAGGAAAUGCCAGAUUUCAAGUUACGGCUAAUGGGGCUACGAGCUACGCAUCUCGUCAGCGCAAAAAAGCCAGGCAUUGACUUCUUCGGUCGAUUCAAAACUGCCACAAGUACGUCGGAUUCUAAGACCAUUCCCAAGGCAUCAACCAAACCUACCGCCACAGCAUGGGAAGUCUGGCCAGAAGCCGAGUUCGAGGAAGCGGCCCGACAAGAACGUGACAACGAUAUGAAUGAACUCGAACGACUCUCUCAAGAGUACGAAAAACAGACAAUAGAUGAAAAAUCUAACAUGUCAAGCGCAACGUACCCUAAAACGGAACAAGAACAAGAGCAGAAGCCGGGGGCAUGGACAUGUCCAGUCUGCACUCUUCCACAACCACCUGACGACACCACUUUCAACUCGCACAUUGACUUUUGUCUCUCUCGGCAAACCAUCAGAGAAGCUGUUCAGUCGACAGCCAAUGUACAGCCAGUAGCCAACCCAGCAAUGAAAGCACAAUCGCUAUCAUCUGCAGGUAGGACGCCGCCUUUAAAAAACAAGGGCAAGCGUGGUCGGCCAAAGAACGAGGUAUUAGACGAAAAGACGCGCGAAAAACGUCGCGCCUUCUUCACCACUGCCAGGUCGACAGGUGCAACUGGGCCGCCGUCAUAG